AUGAAUAAAAAAAUAUAUAAUUUAGUUACCGUUGUUUCCUUUAUCCUUCUGAUUGUAACAAUACAAUCUUUUACAAAUAAUGAGGAUUUAAAUAAAUAUGUCAAGAAAAAUAAGAACGUACAUGAUGAAUAUGAACUAAACAGUAUAUAUAUAAAUAAUAAUGAAAAAUUUAGACAUAGAAGUCUUUCAGAAUAUAGUUUAGAAGAUGAUUACACUUUCGGUUCCGAUACAAUUAAAGAACUUUCAAAUAACAAAAAGUCUAAUUGUUUUAAUUGUUUUAAUAUAUUUAAAAGAAAUAAAAAAAAUAAAAAAUCUUCAAAUACCAAUGGAUUUCCUUCUAAGGUAACAUUACUAGUUGGAAAUGUUCCGCAUAGCUUUCCUGUACAAAGUCCAGAACAUUAUCAGUUUUUAUUAAAUUUAAAAAACAGAUUAGAUAAUCACCCUUCAAAUUUAAAACUAAAUGAAUAA